UUGGUUAAACGAAUUGACUACUGCGCCUCCUUGAAUUUAGUUCAUUUGAUCUUCUUAGAUCAUGAUUAUGUCUAUGCGAUUUGUUCUUUGCGUGUGAAUAAUUUCGCCGUCGAUUUGUACCUCGUGUCAACUAAUUUUAUAGAUUUUUCAAAAUGGCGCAAAAUAAAUUUAGCGAAAUGGCCUCGCGUUUUGGAAAGGGCACGAAUGGUAUACCAGUAGGGUUGAAAAUUCUUGCUGCCACAGGUGUUGCGGCAUACAGCAUUUCUAAGUCCAUGUAUACAGUGGAGGCUGGUCAUAGAGCAAUCAUAUUCUCUCGUCUAGGAGGUAUUCAGAGGGAUAUCAUGACUGAAGGUUUACAUUUUCGCAUUCCAUGGUUUCAGUAUCCAAUAAUUUAUGAUAUUAGAAGCAGACCUAGGAAAAUAUCUUCACCCACUGGAUCUAAAGACUUGCAAAUGGUCAAUAUCUCACUACGUGUUCUCUCACGCCCUGAUGCUAGCACACUACCUGCUAUGUAUCGACAACUUGGCCUUGAUUAUGAUGAAAAGGUACUCCCGAGUAUUUGCAAUGAAGUUUUGAAAUCUGUUGUUGCUAAAUUCAAUGCCUCGCAGUUAAUCACACAAAGACAACAAGUAUCUAAUAUGGUACGUAAGGAAUUGACAGAACGUGCUCGAGACUUCAAUAUCGUUCUAGAUGAUGUAUCGAUAACAGAACUUAGUUUUGGUAAAGAAUAUACUGCUGCAGUCGAGGCUAAACAGGUAGCUCAGCAAGAAACGCAACGAGCUGCAUUUGUUGUGGAAAGAGCUAAGCAGGAACGACAACAAAAAAUUGUACAAGCUGAAGGAGAGGCAGAAGCAGCCAAAAUGCUUGGUUUAGCUGUGAGCCAGAAUCCUGGAUAUUUGAAGUUGCGUAAAAUACGAGCUGCACAAAAUAUUUCACGUACGAUUGCUAACUCCCAAAACAGAGUAUUUCUCAGUGGCAAUAGUUUGAUGUUAAAUAUUCAAGAUCCUACCUUUGAUGAGGGUUCGGAUAAGCUGAAAAAUCACUUGGGUGUGAACUGGAAGAGCUGGGAUGAGGCAGCUGAUUGCGCUGUCCAGAACCUGAAUGUUAAUUUCUAUCGAGCAUUACCAAAUGCCGAGAGAUCUGGCUUGAAGACAUCAAUACUUUCUGUCAUCCCAUCCCUCCUGGAAACGGUUAAUGAUACUGUUAAAUUAAUAAUACCGUUACGAUAAGAGAAAUCUUGCAAUGCAAGCUUAAUCUUAGGUGCUUGUUUUUAUUAUGCAAUAUGAUUCUAAUUAUUCUGAAUAAAAAAAUAUUCGGGUACAAAAAUCAUUAGUUUGUAGGACAU